GUUACGAAUCAGUUCCCUCAGAUAGCAUAAUGACUAUAUGGUCUGUGUUGUUAUUAGUAUUGGCUGUUACUAAUUCAUUAGCAGAUUUCAACUUUGGGAAGGAAUGUCCGUCUGGUGUGACCUUUCACGGUAAGAAUGCCGACAAAGUGGUAGAACUUCUCUCCAAUGGAUGUGGAAAAGAUAAGGAGUGUGAUUGCGACAAUGAAGACUCGGAGGGAGAACAAGAAGGAACAUGUACAGUCAAGAAACCAUCUGACUGUAGUGACUUGGACAAAUCGAUGUGUAAAAGUGGAAUUUACAAGAUUUAUCCUGACAGGACUUCCGGUUUCAACGUUUUCUGUGAAAUGGAGAAGAAUGGUGGCGGUUGGACGGUGAUCCAGCGCAGAAUGAAUGGCCACAUCAAUUUCUAUAGAGACUGGGAAGCAUAUAAACGUGGAUUUGGUAACAUGAAAGGAGAACACUGGUUAGGAAAUGAACACUUGCAUCAGCUGACUUCACAAGGAAAAUACAUGCUUAGGGUAGACAUGUCAGACUUUGUAAACAGUAAGAGACAUGCUGUUUAUAGCAAAUUCUCAGUUGGAAGUGAAAGUUCAGGAUAUAAAUUAGACAUCACUGGCUACUCUGGAGAUACAGGUGAUUCUAUGAAGAGGUACCAAAAUGGGAACAGAUUUUCAACGAUGGAUAAAGACCUUGACACAUCUGGCGAAAACUGUGCUGAGAAGUAUAAGGGUGGGUGGUGGUAUGGUGCAUGCCACGAGAGCAACUUAAAUGGCCUCUAUCAUAAAGGAAGCCACACAACGUUUGCUGAUGGUGUAAACUGGAAACAAUGGAAGGGUUACAACUACUCAUUAAAGACAACAACCAUGAUGAUCCGAAAAGCAUAAAUGGAUGGACCUAAUUACUGAAAAAUACAUUAAGCAAAUGAUUAUCUGUUUUGUUGUU